UGCUGUGGGGCUGGGCUGAUGGCGGCGACGGCGGUGGCGGCGGGGACGGGGGCGACGGCGGGGACCGAGUCAUCCGGGGGACCCCCGGGGCCGGCGGCGGCGCUGGAGCUGUGGCUCAACAAAGCCACAGACCCAAGCGUGGCACAGCAGGAUUGGUCAGCUAUCCAGAACUUCUGUGAGCAGGUGAACACUGACCCUAACGGUUCCACACAUGCACCCUGGCUCCUGGCCCACAAGAUCCAGUCUCCACAGGAGAAGGAAGCGCUGUAUGCCCUAACGGUGCUGGAGAUGUGCAUGAACUACUGUGGAGAGAAGUUCCACAGUGAGGUGGCCAAGUUCCGCUUCCUCAAUGAGCUGAUCAAGGUGUUGUCCCCAAAGUACCUAGGUUCCUGGGCCACAGAAAAGGUUAAAGGAAGAGUCAUCGAAAUUCUCUUUAGUUGGACAGUCUGGUUUCCAGAAGAUAUCAAGAUCCGAGAUGCUUAUCAGAUGCUCAAGAAACAAGGGAUCAUCAAGCAGGAUCCUAAACUGCCGGUGGAUAAAAUCUUACCCCCACCUUCUCCUUGGCCCAAGAGCUCCAUCUUCGAUGAUGAUGAGGAGAAAUCAAAGCUCCUGACCAGGCUGCUCAAGAGCAGCCACCCCGAGGACCUGCAGGCGGCCAACCGGCUCAUCAAGAACUUGGUCAAAGAGGAGCAGGAGAAAUCGGAGAAGGUGUCCCGGAGAGUGAGUGCGGUGGAGGAAGUGCGAAGCCACGUGAAGGUGCUGCAGGAGAUGCUGAGCGUGUACCGCAGGCCGGGGCAGGCACCCCCGGACCAGGAGGCCCUGCAGGUGGUGUAUGAAAGGUGUGAGAAGCUGCGGCCCACGCUGUUCCGGCUGGCGAGCGACACCACGGAUGACGAUGACGCACUCGCGGAGAUCCUGCAGGCAAAUGAUCUGCUCACACAGGGAGUCCUCCUCUACAAGCAGGUGAUGGAAGGCCGUGUCACCUUUGGGAACACAGUGUCCAGCUCACUGGGGGACAUACCUGUCUCCAGAGUCUUCCAGAACCCAACUGGCUGCAUGAAGAACUGCCCCCUGAUUGACCUGGAGGUGGACAGUGUGACUGAGCAGGCUGAAACUGUGGGGCCAUCUUUGCUUCAUCAGGACCUGGAGGCCUUAGGGAUUGGUGACCCCCCUGUUGGAAGCAAGGUCCCUGGCCAGCACACCGCUAAAGAAAAGCAGAAUCCCACUGGUGGUGGUGCUCAGAACCCUUCUACGGACAGGAACCUGCUGGAUCUGCUCUCGGCCCAGCCGUCUCCAGGCCCGCUGAAUUAUGUUCCACAAAAAACUAUUCCCAAAGAAGUUCCACCCGGCACUAAGUCUUCGCCAGGUUGGUCCUGGGAGGCCGGCCCAUUGGCUUCUUCCCCAGCCUCGCAGAAUACACCUCUGGCUCAGGUGUUUGUCCCGCUGGAGUCAGUCAAGCCCAGUAACCUGCCUCCUAUUAUCGUGUAUGACCGGAAUGGAUUCAGAAUUCUGCUCCACUUCUCACAGACGGGGGUCCCGGGCCACCCAGAGGUGCAGGUGUUGCUGUUGACCAUGAUGAGCACUGCCACCCAGCCUGUCUGGGACAUCAUGUUUCAGGUGGCUGUGCCAAAGUCGAUGAGAGUGAAGCUGCAGCCGGCAUCCAGCUCCAAGCUGCCUGCGUUCAGUCCCUUGACACCUCCAGCUGUGAUUUCUCAGAUGCUGCUGCUCGACAAUCCACACAAAGAACCCAUCCGAUUACGGUAUAAGUUGACAUUCAACCAAGGUGGACAGCCUUUCAGCGAAGUAGGAGAAGUAAAAGACUUCCCUGACCUGGCUGUCUUGGGUACAGCCUAAGUGCUCACAGGAUGGACCCCUCAAGUCAAGCUUAGGCCAAGGUUACCUUUGCUCCUGAGUCUAGACAGGACUCGUCACAGUGAUUUAGUGCAGAGUGCCAAGAGUUCUUUCCUGAUGUCAGGCUCUGAAUGCCAACUUCUGACUUAGUUCUACAGAUACUGUGUGUGUGUGUAUGUGUGUGUGUGUUGUGGGGGCCUGGGGGAGGGCAGAGCAGGGCUUGGGAUGUGGGCAGUGUGGGAAAUGCCGAAGCGUUUCUGACCAUCAUCUCUGCUGUAGUCAUAUCUGUGCAUGUUCCUGGACACCGCUGUCCCUGCCUCAGCUGGGAGGCUUUAUGAGCCAAAGUUUCUCUCCGUGUUAUCGUCACCUUUUCAUUCAUCCACUGUGUGCCUUGUCAGCCUCCGAAAGUCUUGUUGCUCCCAGGCUGCUGUUCUCAGGGACCUUCCAAGGGACCUGGUUGGUCUCGGGGCAGAGAACAACCCCCCUCCCUGGGGCACUCUUUGCCAAGACAGACUUCGUCUCCACUUCCAUCCACAGUUGCUGCUGCUUGUGUGUAUUCGAAAAGAUCUCCAUGGCAGGCUUGCUGCACUGUGUCCGGGCGAGGGGCUGCCUGUGAGCCCAGAGGACCACGCCGGGUGGGCCAAUCAUGUCCUUUACCACUGUGCCUUAGAAUCGCCUCUUGAGGGACACCCCUGGGGCGGAGGGGAGAGCAGCUCCUGGACCUGCCUCAGGUUUCCGUGGGAUGGGCAGCCUUUCUGGGCCCUGCCGCAGGACCCUCCUCCCUGCUCCUACUUUUUGUCCGUAAGCAUUUCUUCUGAGCUCUUUGUGCCGUCGUGUCAGUCAGUCAUUAUCAAUCACAGCCAACAAGCUAGCCCGGGCUGUGGCCUUCCCAACCCAAGUUGGGGAACCAUGAUGCAGAGAGGUAAGGGAACCUAGCAAGGAUCUAGGUGGCCACUGUAUACACAGGAAGUCGCUGAAUAAACAUCGUGUAGCCAAUCUGCUUUGUGGAGUGUUGAGUCACUAGGCUCCUCCAUGCCACUUGGCACUUAGAGGGUGACAGAUGUCUUCCACUGAAAGGGGAGGGCAACUGCAUGAAGGAUAAAGAGUCCCUUACCCACCUCAGUGACAAGAAGCCCUGACCAUUGGAGGAUGGGGGAUGUCUUAGGUUUCAUAGUCUGCAGGGGACACUGAGGCCUGUGAUCACUUAGCACUCAGUGAACACCUACUGCUUGCUGAGAACUGGGAUGUGCAUGGUUCAGCAAGCCAUGCUCAGCCUCAUCAGUGGGAGACAGAACCCGAAGCUGGCUGAGACGACUGCAUGUGGGGCUCUGACGUUGGAGUAACUGCCCUACCAGGGCAUGGUUCUGCCUGUUGGGAGCUUUCCUUCACAAGAUCUGGUACUUCUGUCUGUGGUCUAAUGGCCUUGUGUUGUAGGCAGUCUGCCAGCACUCACUGGGUGGGUAUGUGACACGGCAUAACAGGUUAAGGUAUGCUAGUUUUCCAGCAAAUGUGAAAAUUUGUUAAAACAGAUACAUGGUGGGAUUAUUUCUUUGUUUAGCAGAAUUCACAUAAGAUUUAGUCUGAAGUCCUCCGCAGCUUUUCCAGGUUUUGUAGCUGUUAGGUGCAGUCUUUAAUAGGUCUCCAUCAUUGUGUCGGUGUCUUCCUAUAAAGAAUGCCGUCACAGGCGGUGAGUGAGAAUUACAUGCUGAAGGACAGGCAGUUCAGGGUGCACAUAUGCACGUGUGCUCCAAUGGUGUGUUUUCCAGGAGACAGACUCGCAGAGGGCAGGGAGAAAGGUGUCUCGAAAAUGGCCCUGGUUUGUGUCACCAGUGCUGUCUAACGGAACGGCCAGGAGUCCCUCCUUUAUUCCACAGAGCUAGUCACGGAGCAGCCGCCUUGAGCUCCUGCAUUGUCCCGUCGGCUGGGACGCCAAGGUUUACUCCUCCCCCGAUCUCUGCUGGGACCCUGGGCUGCCUCUGUGUCUGUUCCCAUCCUCUGUCCCUCGGAUGUGGUGGGCACUCGAAGGUCUGCCAGUGAAGCCUGGUGCCCGACAGUUGGCUCAGGCUUGAGACUCCUUGCUGCCAUCCCAUCCAUGUUUCAGACUGAGUGGGUACCUGGAUUGGGAGGUGCCACGGUUGCUUCCCGUUCUGAAUUCUGAGUCUAGAACAUGUCCUUUGACCCUCUGCUGCUACAUGCUGUGUUCUCCUGCAAGCAUCUGAGACUGCGUGGAUCCUUGUUUCCUGCAUUGUCUACAUUGCUAAGGAGCUUGGUCCUUGUGUGCUCUGUCUCCUGCAGCCCACUACAGCCUGCCUUCCCUCAUGUUCUCAUUGCCCUUGCCCUGGUUUGGGCUUUCAUCCCCUUUUUGGAUAGUGUAGAAGCCUGCCUUCCAAUGCUGAGUCAUUCUUGCUGCUACCAGAACUCUGGCAAAUCUGAGCCUUGAACAAAUGCAAAUCAUUUCCGCCGGCAUUCAGUGCCCUCCUAGCACCUCUGCCAGGAGUAGAACACACUUCACCACAGCCACAAUAAAGUCCUUCCAACUUUGGUAA